CAGUUACACUAGUAGUGCUCAUCUCGCUGGUACUGCUGAGCUGACCACCGCCGAUCCUUCCAAGAUGGCGAGGCAGGGUGUCGUCGCUUCCAUGCAUGCGCUGGCAUUGCUUCUCGGAGCAUUCGCAGCCAUUCCUACAGGAGUCCAAUCCAUCGGCGUGUGCUACGGCGUGAACGGCGACAACCUGCCCCCGGCGAGCGACGUGGUGCAGCUGUACCAGUCCAACGGCAUCAACCUGAUGCGCAUCUACUUCCCGGACGCCAACGCGCUGAACGCGCUGAGCGGCACCAGCAUCGGGCUCAUCAUGGACGUGCCCAACACGGACCUCGCCUCGCUGGCCUCCGACCCGAGCGCGGCGGCCGCCUGGGUGCAGAGCAACGUGCAGGCGUUCCCGUCGGUCAGCUUCCGCUACAUCGCCGUGGGCAACGAGGCCUCCGGCGGGGACACCGGCAGCAUCCUUCCCGCCAUGAAGAACCUCAACGCGGCGCUGGCCAACGCCGGCCUGGGCGGCAGCAUCAAGGUGUCCACGGCGGUGCAGAGCGACGUCACCCAGGGCUUCCCGCCGUCGCAGGGCACCUUCUCGCAGGGCUACAUGGCGCCCAUCGCGCAGUACCUGCAGAGCACCGGCGCCCCGCUGCUGUGCAACGUCUACCCCUACUUCUCCUACAUCGGCAACCCGGCCCAGAUCGACCUCAGCUACGCGCUCUUCACCUCGCCGGGCACCGUCGUGCAGGACGGCAGCAACGCGUACCAGAACCUCUUCGACGCGCUCGUCGACACCUUCGUCUCCGCGCUCCAGAACGCCGGCGCCGGCAACGUCCCAGUCGUCGUGUCCGAGAGCGGCUGGCCGUCCGCCGGGGGCGACGCCGCCACCGCGGCCAACGCGCAGACCUACAACCAGAACCUCAUCAACCACGUCGGCCAGGGCACGCCCAAGCGCCCUGGCCCCAUCGAGACCUACAUCUUCGCCAUGUUCAACGAGGACCAGAAGACGGGAGCCGAGUCGGAGAGGCACUUCGGCCUCUUCAACCCGGACAAAUCGCCGGCGUACCCCAUCAAUUUCUCCUAAUUCCUAAACAAGACGCCGAGGUCCAUUCCAAGACAUUUAUAAGGCAAUACACACACAUAGAUAUAUACAUACACAUACAUACGGGAGAAAGUAGAAUAAAUAAACUGCCUGCAGUAGAAUGCAAAGUGUAUUCAUGUAAGGCAACUGCUUCGAUUAUUUCCUAAAGAUCAAUAACAAGAAG